AUGCCCGAUAGAAACAAGACCAUAGCCAUUGUCAACGGUACUGGUCGUCAGGCUGCGUCGGUCAUUCGUGCAGUCGCAGCUGUCGGCUAUGCUGUCCGGGCGCAGGUUCAUUCGAUAGAAGGCCUGGUGGCUGAGGAGCUCGCCGAUUUACCAAAUGUCAGCUUGUUCGAGGGACCCUUGCUAAACAACCAAGUCCUCAUCGACACAAUAUUCGACACGGCUCAGAUUGCCUUUAUAAACACCAAUCCUCUGGGCGGAGAUGAGAUAAAAAUCGGUAAGGCACUGGCCAAUGCGGCGAAAAAGCGCAACAUACAGCAUUUCAUUUACAGCAGCAUGCCCGAUCAUUCCAUUCACAAUCCACGCUGGCCAGCACUUCCACUUUGGGCCUGCAAGUUCACAGUUGAAAACUACGUUCGGCAGCUUGGCCUCCCCUCCACCUUUGUUUAUGCCGGGAUCUACAACAACAAUUUUACCAGCCUACCAUAUCCAUUGUUCUGCAUGGAUUUCAAGGACGAUGGAACUCUUGAAUGGCGAGCACCUUUUCAUCCAGAUACGAAAUUACCUUGGUUAGAUGCGGAGCACGAUGUUGGGCCAGCUGUUUUGCAAAUUUUCAAGGAUGGACCUGGUAAAUGGCAUGGGCACAGGAUCGCCCUUGCAUUCGAAAUGCUCACCCCGAUACAAGUUUGUCAGGCGUUUGAAAAGGCGCUAGAACGACCCUGCAAAUAUGUCUUCAGCAAACGGAUCGAGGUGAAGGUACCCAUCCCAAAUGGAUAUAGAGAGCAACUUGCCGGUAUCGAAAUACUCUUUGGGGAAUACAAUGCGCCGUAUUUUCCUGGACCAGACUUUGAGUGCGACACAAGACGCAAAGGUAGCAAUGAAACGAUCACAGGAAGAAGCAGCAGCGAAGCAUCUCGCAAAACCAAACCUGGCAAACUGACGGACGAAGCUCGAUCCCUUUGGCCGCCGUAUAGAUCCAUCUACGAGUAUGCAAAGGAGGCCUUUGUCGUUGAGGAAGAGGCAAAUGGGAAAACCUGGAUGAUCGAUAAAAGCGUCAGCACUUGA